AUGGAUAAUGAACAGAGCUACUUCGUCGCGACUCCAGGCAAAGUCAUUCUUUUCGGAGAGCAUGCUGUCGUAUAUGGAAAGACAGCUCUAGCUUCUGCUCUCGGUCUACGGACAUAUGCAUGGCUCAAGACACGACAUGACGGAUUGGCUGUCUUGCAUUUUCCGGACGUCGGUUUGACAAAGUCGUGGAAUAUUCAGGAUGUUGUUGCUAAACUUGCUGUUGAUCCUAUUCCAGGGAAACCAAUACCAAUGUCUUCAACUGUUGGAGCUUCAUUAGGUAGUUUACUUUCGGAUGUCACUUCAGGAAACUCGAGACAAGCUGCCUUAGCCUUUUUGUAUAUGCUAGCGAGGAUUCAUCCACAAUGCAGCGGCGUGGAAGUCAUUGUCCGCUCAGCACUCCCCAUCGGAGCUGGUCUCGGCUCAUCAGCCUCCUACAGUGUCUGUGCAGCUGCAGGUCUCUUACUAGCUGCACACGCGAUCCAACCAAUCCAACCACCGUCCACAUCAUUCGCACACGACGAACUCAUAUCCAUUAACGAAUGGGCGUUCAUAUCCGAAAAGAUUUUGCACGGAACACCAUCCGGAAUCGAUAACUCGCUAUGUACUUUUGGUGGUGCUCAGCUGUUUGCUAAGGGGGAUUUGCAGCCAUUGAAGGGGUUCACAUCGUUACGAUUCUUGUUGAUCAAUACGUGUGUGCCUAGAGAUACUAAGAAGCAGGUGGAGAAUGUUAGGAAGAGGAAGGAGCAGCUUCCAGCAAUCAUGCAUCCGCUCAUGGAUGCUGUUCAAGGAGUUACUGAAUCUUGCAAGGAGGCGUUUGCACAAAUCCCAAUACACAGACCUACAAUCAUAUCAACCAUGGAGACACUAAUAGAUAUAAACCAUGGUCUCAUGGUUGCAGCAGGCGUCAGCCAUCCAAGUCUCGAAACCGUCCGAAGAAUUACAUCCCAACAUGGUCUAGUGUCUAAACUGACUGGUGGAGGAGGUGGUGGUUGUGCUAUUGCGUUGAUUCGUGAUGAUACAUCAGACGAAACAAUCCACCAAAUCGCAACUGAACUGCAAGCUCAAGGGAUGGAGUCCUUUGAAACUACCGUUGGAGGUAGCGGUGUACAAGGAAUGAUGGUGACUGAGGAUUUGAUUCGAAAUGCAUGUGGAUGUGGAUAUGAGACUUUUGAUACUGGUGCUAUUACGUGGAGCAAAUUGGAUGCUCUUCUUCCCAAAUAA